AUGGCCACUGAAGACCUAGACUCAAGAGUUCUGAGUCUGAAUCUGUUUGCUGACGAUGAUGACGAAGAAGACAUCCUCUACAAACGGAAGCUGCAGAAUUUGAUCGACGGCACCGUGACACCGAGUGAAGCGGCGGCUGAUUUUGACGCAUGGGUGGUUCAAGACGCCAACAAUCGCCUGAAGCAGCUCUUAAAGAGACCUGAUCCCAAGAACCUGACUCCUGAAGAAGAAGCAAAGGGUAUGUCCUUGCGCGCGAUAGCACCGAAUGCCAGCGGAAGUAUCGACCUUGUGUUUCCGACCAUCGCCAAGCUGUGCUCCGCAUUCCCUCCCUUCCACCCUGGUCAAGAUGCUAUUGUUCAAUUUCUCGAGGCACUCAGGGCUAUGCCCGAUCACCAAGUCCCAGACGGCAUUCCAAAUGGCGAUGGAGACGACAGCCAUUUCAUCACGCUGUGGCCGUUCGGAGACGAUUGGAUGGCGUUAACGGAAAUAUUUCGCCGAGAAGCAGAAGAUAUCGAAACGCCUGGAAGCGAGACACAAGUUCGCUGGCGCAACUUCCAAUCGGCGAUUGCGCGUAUCACCACUCUCGGGCUCAUCAAUUGCGGAUUUCUGUCCGCGCUUGGCGACAUAAUGCCAUCAAGCAGUACCUACCCUGAUCUCGAGAAGCGAAAGAUCGGCGGCCCCAACAGGGUCUCGGGAGAUGCUAUUGCUGCUGCGCAGUGGAUUAUGUGGCCCGACGAGGGUCGAUUCGUGUAUCAGCAGUGCAAGAAGCUUAAUGAAACUGGGCCUAGGGCUAUGUGGAGCCAAGAGAGAUGGGAGGUGUGGAAGGAACAGUUCGCAUUUAUCGCUGGAGACGAGAGAUUCACUCCCAAAGCCCGUGUAGCAGCCAAGCUAUCAAGGGAGCAAAUGAUAGGCUAUGAGGAGGAAGAUAAAUCCGUCUAG